UUCCAUUUUAAUUGUAUAUACGUUGAUCGAUAGGAAUUCCCAAAUUCCCGCUUGAAGCUCGAAGCUACACUCAGUUAUCAAAAGGUGACCCAAGGAGACGAGUCUUCUUAGCGUCGAACCUCUACUUGUUGAUCUCAGUUUGUACAAAUAAGUUGUCCAGUUUCGAAUCCAAAUGCGUUUUUAAAAACAGUUCCGAAAUAAAAUGAGUGACAUCUGUUUAGUGAAGUUUUUCCUUUGUUUCUUUAUUUUAAUAAUUUUAGAUGUUAUUGAUGUUCCUGUAGUUAGCGGAAAUUAUGUGAAUUCUUCUUUGGUUACAUUGGAUUUCUUAAGGACUAGGAGACAAGCUAGAAACUGUGCUGGAUUCACAUGUUCAACAACUGGGGAAUGUAUAGAAGAAGAAAAAAGGUGUGAUGGUACCGUAGACUGCAGAGAUGGUAGUGAUGAGUUCAAUGACUGCAAAGAUGCCGUACAGUGUCCUGGGUAUUUGUUCGUCUGCGACUAUGGAGCUUGCAUAGAUGAGGACAAAAAAUGUGAUGGAAAAAAAGACUGCAGAGAUAAUUCCGAUGAAGCUCAUUGUGUAGCAGGAGAAGUGGCCAAGGAAGAAAGUAAUUGCAAAUCGGAUCAAUUUCAGUGUUUGUCAGGUCAGUGCAUAUCUCUAGAUGAUAAAUGCAACGGUCAAACCAACUGCGUGGAUAAGUCUGACGAAACGAAAGAAACCUGUUUGAACAUGUUCUGUCCGGGAUACCUCUUCAAAUGCGACUAUGGCGCAUGCGUGGACGGAUACGCGCAGUGCAAUGGUGUCAGAGAUUGCGUCGACAAUUCUGACGAAGAGGGUUGUCCAGGUGGAGAAGACGUGAAGCCUACAACCGAAAGGGCCCCCACACCAACACCCCCCAUUAUUAUUGGACCAGAUGGGGGAUGCAAAUUACCAAAUCACCCCGAAAAUGGCAAGUGGACCAUACAAAGUGGCACUUCUGUCCCUCCUGGACAAAAUGUGGGUGUUAACACUCUCCUCUUGUAUUUCUGUGAUAAAGGGUACAAACUUUCCACCGAAGGUAACCUUGUGGCUUGUUUAGACAAUGGUUGGAGUGGACCACACCCUACUUGCCUACAACUAUGCCCACCACUGUAUACAACAGCUGUAACCAAGGUAAGGUGCUUUGGCAAGGAUAAGACAGAAAUCAAGUGCGACGAAGCCACAGAUGGAAGCUCGGCCAAAUUCGAAUGUGCCACUUAUUAUGAACCGGCGGACAGACAGAUAUCGAUUCGCUAUUGUUGGUCAGGGUCUUGGAAUUUACCGGCUCCUCAGUGUAUACCAGUUUGCGGAGAGAAGACGGUAUCUGCAACACCUUUAAUCGUGAAUGGAGGCACUGUGGAAAAGGGAAACUAUCCUUGGGUUACUGCCAUCUUCCGACAUAAUGGUGAGAUAUUCCUGAAUGUUUGCGGUGGCUCGAUGUUGACACAAAAAGUUAUUCUUACAGCUGCCCACUGUGUGGCCAAUGAGUAUGGUCAUGCUUUGGAUCCUUCGAUGAUCAAAGUAGGAGUUGGGAAAUUUUAUAAUGAGUACAAACAUCCAAAUGAUACAGAAGCGCAGUAUUCUGAUAUCGUCAAAGUUAUAGUCCACACAAAAUAUAAAGGGGACAGUCAACGUUUCUCUUCGGAUAUAGCCUUUUUGAUAACCAAAGAUGUUCUGCUGUUGUCGAAAGUAGUCCAGCCUGUAUGUUUCAGUAACUUGCCGAAUAUUCAUCUAACUGUUAGGUCAAUUGGAGUGGUUACAGGUUGGGGCUAUACUGAGGCUGGAAAAGGUCCUUCGCCAGAACUAAAAGAAAUAUCCGUUCCAUUCAAAGAUGACGCCACCUGCAAUACAGAAUUGCCAUCUGAUUGGGCAGACAAAUACAACGGUUAUGACAAAUUCUGCGCAGGACAUUACAACAAGAGCAUAGCAGUAUGUCAAGGAGACAGUGGAGGUGGUCUUGUAUUCCAGAACCCAAGAGAUGGAAGGUAUUAUGUCCACGGUAUUGUGAGUGUGGGACGGAAAUUGAAUAAUGUUGGAUGCGACAUACAAGUUAGCAGUCUGUACACAAAAGUUGCAGUACAUUACGAUUUACUAGAGCAGGUUGUUUCACAAUAUACAAGACUAUGAAUCUCAAAAUUAAACAAUUUACAAUUUU